AUGUUAUCCUACCUCCAUGCGACGGGGAUGCAAGAUUCCUUCGAAGCGUUGAAACGAGAGACCGAGAACGACGACUUUGUCAUGGACGACCCCAAAGCGCGAUGGGUGGGAUUACUGGAAAAGAAGUGGACCAGUGUCAUACGGCUACAGAAGAAGAUCAUGGACUUGGAAUCCCGCAACGCCGCCCUCCUCGCCGAGCUUGCCUCCCCAACCCGGGCUUCAGCAGCCUCCUCCUCAUCUUCACAACCCUUCAUCCCUCGAGCCCCUGCGCGCCAGACCCUCACAUCACACAGAGCACCGAUAACAAGAGUAGCUUUCCACCCCAAGUGGACGGUGCUGGCGAGCGCGAGUGAGGAUGCGAGUGUCAAGAUAUGGGAUUGGGAAGGGGGCGAGAUGGAACGGACGGUCAAGGGGCAUACGAAGGCUGUGAUGGAUGUAGACUUUGAGCCCAAGGGGAAUCUCAUGGUGACAUGCUCUUCUGAUCUGACCAUCAAACUCUGGGACACUGCAAACGAAUACACAAACGUCAAGACCCUCCAUGGCCACGACCAUUCGGUCUCCAGCGUCCGCUUCAUGCCCGACGGAGAGAAGCUCAUUUCUGCGAGUCGGGACAAGACGAUUAGAGUGUGGGAGGUUGCGAGCGGGUAUUGCACAAAGACAUUCUCUGGGCAUGCAGAGUGGGUCAGAGAGGUGGUAGCUUCAGAGGAUGGUCUGUGGCUCGUCAGCGCUUCGAAUGAUCAGACAUCACGCAUAUGGGACUUUUCAACAGGAGAAACCAAGAUGGAACUCCGGGGACACGAACACGUCGUGGAAUGCGCCGUCUUUGCGCCCGUCAAUUCAUAUCCCGCCAUCCGAGAAUUAGCUGGUUUGAAGGCAAACACGAGAGCAAAAGCUCCAGGAGCAUUCGUAGCUACAGGUUCUCGAGACAAGACCAUCAAGCUCUGGGACGCCUUGUCUGGUCAGCUCUUACGGACAUUUGUCGGACACGACAACUGGAUCCGCGCCCUCGUCUUCCACCCCACCGGCAAAUACCUCCUCUCCGCUUCAGACGACAAGACCAUCAAGGUCUGGGAUCUCGCCACUGGCCGCUGCGCCAAGACGAUCGACGCUCAUGGGCACUUUGUCACGUGCAUGACUUGGGGACGGGCGACUGUAGGUGGCUCAGCGAGUGGAGAGGGAGAAGGGGAGAAGGAGGCGGUCAGUGGGGUGGAAGGGAAGAAGGAGGAGCCGAGAAGAAUUAACGUGCUGGCGACGGGCUCGGUGGACCAGACUGUCAAGGUGAGCACAUGGCUUGCCGGCUGA